AUGGACUCCUACCUCGCUGCAUCCGCUCCGCAAUUGCUUCAGGCGCUGCCUGUCGUAUCUGCCUUGCUGGUUCAAUUGAUACCCUCUGUUAUUAUUGCCUACGUCCCUGCAUCUUCCAUAGCAGCUCGGCGCAUAGCGCUUCUUGCUGUAGCCAUCCUUGCUGCGAAUGCAGUAAUUUUUAUGCCCACUGUUGUACACAAUUUUGUAUGGCGCACCACAUCGGCGGCUUUGACCGCCAUACUGGCCACCCGAUCCUGUGAUGUGCUCUGCCUCCAUCCGGUUGGCCCUAAUGACAUAGCAAAGCCAUCAACUGAGAAUGGCAGCGCUUCGGGUGACAGCAUCCACAGCGGCGGCAUCUUUGAUUCAAGCCUUUUCCUAGCAUGGCGCCAACUGUGGAACAUGCGUGGCAUUGGAACGAAGUGGUCUAUCCGUGGUGUUACCCCAUUCGACGCUUUAAAGCCUGACUAUGUCCCCUCGCAAGGCGACUUUAUAGGGGGCCACCUGGUGCGGAUAGCCAUCGCUUUGGUGGUUAUGGACUUCUUCGCACACCAAGCACCCCAGAAUGUAGCUAUCAAUUACACCUUCGACAAGCAACACCUGGCGUGGCGCCUGGCUGAAGUCGAUGCAGAGGAGCUGUUUCUCCGCGUCGCCGGCACCGUUGGCUUUUGGGUAAACAUGGCUUGCUACAUCAGCACCAUGUAUAGCUGUCUGGCCGUAGUGUUUGUAGGCCUCGGCCUCGAUACUCCGGCGGACUGGCCACCCGUCUUCGGUUCCAUCUCGGAUGGCUGGACGAUCCAACGCUUUUGGGGAUUGACAUGGCACCAGACCCUACGAUCCCUACUAUCGGCUAAUUGCGAUUACCUCCUUCUCUCCCUGCUCCGCCUGCCGCGGCAAUCCAUGCUCACUCGGCAUGCGAGACUGGGCGCUUCGUUUGUUCUCUCAGGAGCACUUCACCACAUUGUCGACGCCCUCGUAGGUGUCCCCUUAUGUGAAUCAGGCAUGUUUAAAUUCUUCGUCAUGCAAUGGGUGGGCAUAAUCAUCGAGGAUGUCCUUGCAACUCUGGGGCGGGUCGUGGGUGAAGGACGCCCUGGCCAGAAAAUGCGCUACAUGGGCUAUGCUUGGGUGUUCUUAUGGUUGGUUUGGACCACGCCGUCUGUGUUUUACCCUUACACUAGAGCAGCGGACGGAAUCAGGAUGGAUCACUCCAUGCUUCCCCGGAAGCUCUUGAGAUCGUAG